AUGAGGUCACUCCUAUCAUAUGCGGCCCUGCUAGGUUCUGCGAACACUGUCAGCUGCCAGCUCGCCGGGUCCUUCACUGAGUCGCGUUAUUCUCCCAACGCCCCAGAUAAAUUGUUUCCGCCUCUGGGUGAUGAGUAUCCUUCAUCCGGUCCCGUGGCAAACUCAACCUACGACUACAUUGUCGUCGGGUCCGGAGCUGGCGGUGGGCCUUUGGCGGCCCGCUUAGCUCUGGCAGACUUCAGUGUCUUGUUGAUCGAGGCUGGUGAAGACCACGGGAGAGACCGGCAGACGUCGGUCCCCGCCCUACACCCCUUGGCUUCGGAGUACCGCCCCAUCUCGUGGGACUUCUUCGUAGACCACUAUGAGAACGACACGCAGGCUCGGCGCGACAGCAAGAUGAACUACCUCACCCCUGAAGGUGACUACUACACGGGUCUUUGGCCGCAGGAAGACUUCGAGAAGCUCGGUAUCCUGUACCCUCGUACUGCCGCUCUCGGUGGCUGCACGCAACACAACGCCCAGGCCAUGGUUUAUCCUCAGGAGAGUGACUUUGACAACAUUGCUGCGCUUACUGGCGACGACUCCUGGCAAAACGCCAACAUGCGCAAAUACUUUGAGCGGCUUGAGAAGUGCAAUUACCUUCAGGCGGAUCUAGGUGGUGGGCAUGGUUUCAACGGCUGGCUCCAGACUACACUUACACCCCUCAUCCUAAUCGCCGAGGACUUGAAGCUCGCAUCCAUUAUCGUAGGCUACGCCACGGCUAUGGGCAAGGGCCUGCUUGGCGGUUUACUCUCGACUGUUACCGGCCUGUCGUCAAUCCUUGCCCUUGAUAUCAACAAUGAUGCUCCUAACCGUGAUCACACCGAGGAGAUCUAUCAGAUCCCCAUGUCAGUCAAGUUGGAUGAUUUUAGCCGGUCUUCCCCCCGAGACUUUUUGUACGAGGUCGCCACAGCCAAGAGCUCCGACGGCACUAAGAAGUAUAAGCUGGACAUUGCCCUGAACACGUUGGCUACCAAGGUAAAAUUUGACACCACGGCUGCCAAGCCCAAGGCUACUGGCAUCGACUACCUUGUCGGUAAGAGCCUCUACCGUGCCGACCCACGCGCCAGCAAGACCGGGGAUGGCGGCACUUCUGGCACCGUCUUCGCCAAGAACGAGGUCAUUGUCUCCGGCGGUACCUUCAACACACCGCAGCUCCUCAAGCUCAGUGGUGUCGGUCCUGCAGCAGAGCUUCAGAACUUCGAAAUCCCUGUCAUUGUGGACCUUCCAGGGGUCGGUGGGAAUAUGCAAGACCGCUAUGAGAUCUCUAUGGUGGGCUCCGCUCCCACCGAGUUCUCUUUGCUGAAGCAGUGCAGGUUCCUAAACGGCGACGACCCAUGUUACGACAACUGGGCGGACCCCCAGAACAUCGGCGGCGCAAAAGGCGGAUACACCACGGGCGGCAUUGCCCUCGGUGCGCUCGGGCACUCUUCCGUCGCCGAGAACGACGACCCGGACUUGUUCAAGGGUGGUGUCCCAACCUUCUUCGCCGGCUAUUACCCAGGCUACGCCGAGUAUGCCACCACGCACCUCAAGGCGUGGGCGUGGUACACACUCAAGGCCCACAGCCGCAACAACGCUGGCACAGUGAACCUCACGUCAGCCAGCCCCCUCGAAACGCCCAAGAUCGUGUUCCACAGCCUGCUUGAAGGCAACGGCGGCGAGGAGGACCUGCAGGCAAUGUACGAGGGUGUGCAGUACUCGCUCAAGUCUAUGGAUGCCGUGGUGCCUCUCGACGGCAGCUUCAGUCGCGUCUGGCCGCCCACAAAUGUCUCCUCCGAGGCCGACCUGAAGCAAUUUAUCCAGGACGAGGCGUGGGGCCAUCAUGCCAGCUGCUCGUGCCCUAUCGGCGCCGAUGAUGACCCCAUGGCCGUACUAGACAGUGACUUCAGGGUUCGGGGCAUUGAUGGCCUACGGGUUGUCGACGCGUCCAUAUUCCCGAAGAUCCCAGGCGAGUUUAUCUGCUUGGCGAUCUACAUGGUUAGUGAGAAGGCCGCAGACGUUAUCAUCGGGGCUGCACAGCAGUUAUGA